UCUCACUCUCACUCUCACUCUUGCACCCACUUUAUAUCAUUGUGCUCAAGGUAAAUCAAAGAGCAUGAUACAUUCAUUAAUACUCUAAGCACCUUUAAAGAUGGCAAUGGGGUUAGGGUUAUUGCUUCUUGUCUUCUUGCUACCUUGUUACUACUGUGCGAAGGGUGUGGAGCCUGCAAACUCAGCUAAGUGUGCCUUUUCAGCUGUUUACAACUUCGGUGACUCAAACUCUGACACUGGUGGUAUAUCUGCUGUAUUUGUUCCAAUCCCACCGCCUUAUGGUGAGGGUUUCUUCCAUAAGCCUUCAGGAAGAGAUUGUGAUGGCCGUCUCAUCAUCGAUUUUAUUGCUGAAAAGCUAAACUUACCAUACUUAAGUGCUUAUCUGAACUCCCUUGGAACCAAUUAUCGGCAUGGUGCGAAUUUUGCCACCGGUGGAUCCACCAUUAGGAGGCAGAACGAGACCAUAUUUCAGUAUGGGAUAAGUCCAUUCUCGCUUGAUAUGCAGAUUGUGCAAUUCGAUCAGUUCAAAGAACGUACCAAACAAAUGUAUCAAGACAAUAGCAACUCAGUUGAUAAGAGCAGGAUUCCGGUACCUGAGGAGUUUGGCAAGGCUCUAUACACUUUUGACAUUGGCCAAAAUGAUCUCUCGGUUGGAUUUAGGACAAUGAACUUUGACCAAAUGCGUGCAAUCAUGCCAGAUAUAGUCAAUCAGUUAGCCAAUGCAGUCAAAAAUAUAUAUGAAAGAGGAGGGAGGUCGUUUUGGAUACAUAACACUGGCCCAAUUGGAUGCUUACCAGUGAACCUAUUUUAUAAGCACAAUGUGCCACCUGGCUAUUUCGACAAGUAUCAAUGCGUGAAUGAUCAAAAUCUGAUGGCUCAAGAAUUCAACAAGCAGCUUAAGGACAGAGUCAUCAAGCUUAGGAUAGAGCUCCCAGAGGCUGCAAUCACAUAUGUUGAUGUCUAUGCUGCAAAGUAUGGACUAAUUAGCAAUACCAAGAAUGAAGGAUUUGAUGAUCCAAUGAAAAUUUGUUGUGGGUAUCAUGUGAAUGACACCCACAUUUGGUGUGGAAAUUUAGGAACAGCGAAUGGGAAAGACGUGUAUGGAACUGCUUGUGAGAAGCCUUCAGCAGCUAUAAGUUGGGAUGGUGUUCAUUAUGCUGAGGCUGCCAACCAUUGGGUUGCUAAUCGCAUACUCAAUGGUUCCUUCACUGACCCACCAAUUCCAAUUACCCAAGCAUGUUACAGGCAGUAGAAGCUUUACUAUUUAUAUAUGUUGGAGUUAUUGCUCAUUUUGGCAAUAACCCAUCUAUCUAUGUUAUGAGCAUAUUCUUAUGGGAAAAUCAUCACAUUAGAAAUUGCAAUAAUGCAUGAAAUAAUUUAUUCUUGUAA